AUGACGGAGCAGAAAAAGAAAUCCGGAUCAUCGGCGAAAUCCACAUCUAGUUCUUCAUCGCAGUCGAAUAUUCGAGUGGUGGCUCGUAUACGACCACUCGCGAAGUAUGAGCUGGAAAAUGGAAGCAAGCAAAUUGUGAAUUCGCUGCCGUCACUUCUCGGAAGCUCACCAGCGACGGGGCCAACAACGGAACCAGAGGUUUUGGAAGUGAAGCCACCAAAUGCAGAAAAGAGAUGGUUUGAAGUAGACGCUGUCUUUGAUGGGAUUUCGACGCAACGGGAUGUCUAUGUGAAGUCAGGUGCACAACAAGCAGUCUGCCAAGACAUCUUCAAAGGAUUCAAUUGUACAAUUCUCGCCUACGGCCAAACAGGCUCUGGAAAAACGUUUUCCAUGGGAACUGCUGCCGGAUCGACUGAAAUAACAGAAAAUGAUGGAAUUAUUCCACGCGCAACUGCCGAUCUUUUCAGAAUGAUCGAUGAAAGAUGUGACGGGAACGCACAAGUUGAGCUGUCAUACCUGGAGAUUUACAACGAGGAAAUCCGAGAUUUGAUGGUUGACGACGAGACUGGAGGCAAAGAUCUCCGAGUUCGUGAAACGCUCAAUGGAGAAGUAUACGUGAGUGGCUUGCAGUCCCUACCUGUAGCGAAUCCUCAAGAGAUUGGAAAAUGCAUGGAAGAUGCUUCGAAGCGUCGUGUUGUAGCAUCUACAAAGAUGAAUGCCGUCUCUAGUCGGAGUCAUGCUAUCUGUGCAUUGAAAGUGAAGGGAGUACUGGAGGAUUCAACCAAAUUCCACGCAAAACUUACGUUGGUCGAUUUAGCAGGAAGUGAACGUAUAAAGAAAACAGGUGCACAAGGAAGUCGACAAAAGGAAGGAAUCAACAUCAACAAAGGUCUUUUCAUCCUGGGUCAAGUUGUGAGCGCUCUUGCAGAACAGCGCCCCAAAUAUAAACGCAAGCCUCCGUACCGUGAUUCAAAGCUCACUCGAUUGUUACAGGAUUCACUUGGAGGCAACUCGAGGACGAUAAUGUUGGCAUGUGUCAGUCCCGCCGAUUUCAAUCUUGACGAGACGGUCAACACCCUUCGCUAUGCCACAAGUGCAAGAAAUAUCAAGAACAGCGCGACAAGAAAUGUCAUCAAGACAAUAUCUCCAGAAGAGGCGGCCAAGUUGCAAAGAGAGAAUCAAUUACUCCAGGCUCAGGUCAAGGAAUUGCAAGAAACAAUUCAAAGAAUGGCACAAGAUGCUUCGCCCUCAAUGGCUUCGGCAGAUACUGACAGCGAUGAUGACAUGGACAUCGAACUAGUAGAAAACAAGGCAGAAGCAAAAAGAAUUCGCGACCUUGAGAGUGAGGUCAAACAAUUGAAAGCUGCAUUGAACAAAAAAGGUGGAGCCCGUGAGAUAUCGCAAUCUAUGGCCGACAACGCAAUUGUUGUCCCUGAGCUUAAUAAGAAAGUAGCAACACUGGAAGAGGAGCUCAAGAUGAAGGAAGAGUUGGAAGAAGAAAAUAUCAUAUUGAGGCAAGAGCUCGAGGAAGUUAAAGCGGAUGCGCAGUCUGCACGUGUCGCGGCAAACAAGAUGAGCAAAAUAAUGGAUCAGCUCAGAGAGUUGAAGGGAGAAGAGAUUGAUAAAAAGCGAAUGGAACACGAUCAUAUCAAGGUCGAGGAGGCGUGGGUUAGUUUCGUCUUCCAAGUGCUCGAGACAAACAAGGAGCAAAUGCAGAAGCUUCGGGAUGACUUCUACUUGGUUGCACGAGUUGUUGAAAGCCCCGAUGUUCUAAUACCAGCGAAAAGUAACAGCAAAUGGUGGCAAAGACUAGGGAAUAAGGAGGAGGAGGGAGGUCCGCCAGAAAUGACAGUUGACCCAGAAAUGCGACAACAACUGCUAUCAGAACAUAUACAGUUCUUCAAUGAAAAGUUGCUAGAAGUUGAAAACGAUAUUGCGACAGAAUCUGAAUCCCUUGGAUCGAUAAGGGACUCGCUGAGGCAACAAAGAGAUCGCCUCGAAAUUGAGAUUGGUAGUCACCAGUUCGAAAAGGAUUCGUUGGAUAAAAAUGACAAUGAUCUCCUUGAACAACUGACAGCAUUACUUAUCGGUCCAGUGAAGAAUCUUGGAGAUUUUGCGUGA